AGCCCUCUCUUGGCUCCUUGGCCAUUUGACCUCCUGAAUCCUUUCCUCGCGUUGGGAUGCAGCAGGCCCUGACCGAACUGGUGAACUUUGGCUUCUCGGAGGCUCGCGCGCGGGAAGCGCUGUCCAACAUCGGGGAUGUCACAGACACGCAGCUGGCCAUCAACUGGCUGCUGGAUCACGGUGAGGAGGACAAGGGUGGCGCGGUGCAGUUCAAGCAUUGCCCUCACAUCGCAGAAUUCGAGCCGGGGCAGUUGCUCCGCAAGGAAAGCCUGACCUUUGGCAAGCCUUGCCAAGCCGGGUGCAAGGGCACGGAGAACUGGGUCUGCCUCAUGUGCGGCGAGACGAACUGUGGGCGCUAUAUGCACCGACACGCACUGCAGCACUGGCAGCAGACGAAGGCUGAGCAAGAGAAGAGCCUGACAGUAGGCGAGGCAGCAGCCGGUGUCCAACGCCGAGGCCACUGCCUCUGCAUCGGCUUGAUGGACCUCAGCGUUUGGUGUUACGAAUGUGAGUCGUACGUGCAGCACGAGGUUUUGCAGCCAAUAGUGGCGCAGAUGCAGCGCCUGAAGUUUGGGGAGCCGGUGGACACUACCCCGGAGCCGGCGCCGGGGUCCCCCAUGCCGGCGACCAAUGCAAAGGUAGCUCAUGGCUUCCUGGGAGACCCCUCCUGGCCCAUGCCAAGUCUGGUGCGUGCCUGCUCCGAGGAUGCGAGGCCAGGGUACAAGACCAUGAAGGCUCACGAGUACAUGGACCAGCCGGAAGUCCUUCGGGCAAAGGUGAAGCUGCUGGCAGAUCUUAUCAGACGCAGCCAGCAUUGCGUGGCCUACACUGGCGCAGGUAUCAGCACCGCUUCGGGGAUUCGAGACUAUGCCACGAAGGCCAGCGGGUCGGUGGCCUCCGCCGCCUCAAAGUCGCCCUGGUGCGCCGCGCCCACCUUGGCGCACCACACCUUGGUGGCGCUGCACAGCACAGGCUACCUGAAGCACUGGGUGCAGCAGAAUCACGACGGCCUGCCGCAGAAAGCGGGGUACCCCCAGAAGCACAUCAACGAGAUCCACGGGGCCUGGUGGGAUCCUUCCAACCCAGUUGUGCCCAUGGAUGGCACCCUGCGGGGUGACCUCAUCGAGUGGAUGCUGGAGUGGGAGGAGAAGGCAGAUCUGUGCCUGGCAUUGGGCACCUCAAUGGUGGGCAUGAAUUCGGACCGGAUGGCGCUGGCACCGGCACAGCGCGCGCAGCGGCAGCCGAAAGCUGCCGCCCUGGGCACCGUGAUCUGCGCGCUGCAGCAGACCCAGUAUGACCAGGUUUCGUCCCUGCGGAUUUUUGCGCCGCUGGAUGAGCUCAUGAGACUGCUAGCAGAAGAGAUGAGCCUGGAGGUCGCCCAAACCCCCUGGCGUGCCCAGCGCUGGACGGAGCCGGUAGAGGUGCCCUACGACGCGAAUGGCCGCCUCUCUGCCACGCAGAAGAUGCGCUUGGACCUCCGGCCCGGGAGCCGGCUGCGGUUGGUGCGGCAGCCCGGGUGGGAUAAGGAGCGCCACGGGGAGAUCUGCCAGGUGGUGGAGGCGCCGGAGGUUCUUGCGGAGGCGGGCCACGUGGAGCUGCUCUUUGAUGGGGAUGGGUUCAAGAAGAAGACCACCCGCUUCCUCGGAGGUUGGUGGAUUGAAGCGGCCAUCCGAGGGGAGGUGGCCAGCAUUCCGGUGGUUCCUGCUUGAGCCUCGUGCACUUGCUGAUCUGAGGGUUCUUCAAUUCGAGGGUACAAUUCGGUUAUAGGCCAAGCCUGUUGAGAGGAAUCUGCCCGCCCCCCGGUUUUCCGUAGGCUUUGAAGAGACCGGGGGCCCGCUGAGGGCGUUUUUGCCUGUGCUCGCCCUUGAGCAUUUCCAGAGUCGCGCCAUGCGCCAUGCGCCAUGUACAGAGCAGCGCCCGGCUCGCCGCCA